ACCGAAGCUACCCUUGUCCGAAUCCUGCAGCAUGACGGAUGGCUAAGUGUGAAUUGCCAGCUUGCAGUUGCUCUUCUGAGCCAACCUUGCCCAUUUCACCGCCAAUGAUCUGAUCAAGUUGGUUCAAAGGAACCGGACACCGAAACUGUCUGUUCCCCUCGACGGCGGCUUUAUCCAACGACAGCGCCAUGGACAAGCCAGGACCCCGCGCAACGACCUGAACAAAGUAUGCGCGCUCCAGCAGAGUGGUCAAAGUAUAUCGCGCCGACGCUAGCGUUGCUGGGAGGACUCCACGCAGUCGGCGGCGUCCAUGCAUCCAGGUCCAGGGCCGAGCCCAGCACGGCCGCGGCAGAGGUGUGUGAGUUCAGAACUAUCAACUACAUCACCCACACCCUACCACAGCAAUGCUUGCGCACGUCCUGGACGAGCCCGACGCCGACCGCCGGCCUCGACAACUCAACCGCCCAAGAGACCAUCACGACUUCCGUCGCAACUACCACCGAGGGCCCCCGAGCACCCCAGGACAAUGGCACGGCGCAGGAACAGGACACCCAGGAGGAGUUGGCCGCCAGUGCCUUCAUGUCGUUUGAGGAGUGGAAAGAGAUGAUGCUGCGCAAGACGGGGCAGGAUCCUGCCAACAUCAAGGCCCACAAGCCGCGCGAGCACAGGGAGCGAGACCCCAACGUGAACAGUGGCGACGUCGACAGCUUUGGGGAGGAAGGAGAGAUCUCGUUGGACUUUGACGCCCUCGCCGAGAAGGUCUCCGAGAUAACCUCGUCCCCUGCUGACGGAGCCGCUCCCGAGACCAACAAGGAGGCCAAGGAGGAGCAGAUUCUCUACGACGACGGCAAGACGCAGUAUUACAGGAGCAAGGACGCUGGAAAGACCUGCAAGGAGAGAUUCUCAUACGCCUCCUUCGAUGCGGGCGCCACUGUUCUCAAGACCAGCCCGGGCGCGAAGAACGCCAAAGCCAUCUUGGUCGAGAACAAAGACUCCUACAUGCUGCUGGAAUGCCGCACCAAGAACAAGUUCGUCAUUGUUGAGUUGAGCGACGACAUCCUCGUCGACACCGUCGUCCUCGCCAACUUUGAGUUCUUCUCCAGCAUGAUCCGCAAGUUCAGGGUCAGCGUUAGCGACCGCUACCCUGUCAAGCUGGACAAAUGGGUCGACCUCGGCACCUUCGAAGCUCGCAACUCGCGCGAUAUUCAGGCUUUCUUGAUCGAGCAUCCCCAGAUCUAUACCAAGUAUAUCCGCAUCGAGUUUCUGAGUCACUGGGGGAAUGAGUUUUACUGCCCGGUGUCAUUGUUACGUGUCCAUGGCACCCGCAUGCUGGAUACGUGGAAGGAACCAAGCCACGACGACGAGCCUGAGCAGAUCCAGGUUUCAGAUCAUGGACCGGCAACGGACACCGAGCAGGUACAGGAAUCUGCCGGCAGCGACAAUUCGUCAAAGACUGCGAAGGAGGAGACGGCGUUCCCGACCGCCACAGAGAUGGGUCUCACCCCAUGGUACCCAAUUCUGCAGAGUAACUUCUCGUUCGAAUCAUGCGAGUUGCGCUCGCCGACAACGGCUGAGCCCACUCCUGUCGACUCCGGUUCAAGCAGUCCCCCCGAGGCCCCUGCUGGCGGUCCUGAUUCGGUGACGCCGCGUCCAUCUGCCGCUUCCGAAGCCGAACCAGGUCCACAGUCAAACAGUUCCCUUUCUGAGCCUGCCUCUCCUGAGGCGUCAGUCUCCCAAGGGCAGUCAACCAGUACAACCCCGUCUAGCGUCUCUUCAGUGUCACCGCAAACUGGUAACAACGGCGCGGCAAGUAAUCAAAGCCAGAAACAGCCUGAUGGACGAGCGGACACGGCAAAUACGUCGUCGUCCGCCGCCACCACCACCUCCUCGUCCUCCCGCAAUAAGACCAGCACUGUCUCCUCCGCCUCUGCCUCCCCCACCGUGCAAGAAUCAUUCUUCAAGACAAUAUCCAAGCGUCUCCAGAAUCUCGAAUCCAAUACCUCUCUCUCCCUGCAGUACAUUGAAGAACAGUCGCGGUUUCUGCAAGACGUCCUGCUCAAAAUUGAGCGCAAGCAGAUAACACGCGUCGACGCCUUCCUCGACAGUCUCAACAGGACAGUUCUCUCUGAGCUGCGCAGCGUGCGCACGCAGUACGAUCAAAUCUGGCAGAGCACUGUGCUCGCGCUCGAGACACAGCGCGAGCAAUCCCAGCGCGAGAUUGUCGCCCUCACCUCGCGCCUCAACAUCCUCGCCGACGAAGUCGUCUUUCAAAAGCGCAUGGCCAUCCUCCAGAGCAUCCUCCUCCUGUCCUGCCUUAUCCUCGUCAUCUUCAGCCGCGGCGGCCUCGCCGCAUUUGACAGCGCCUCCUUUCCGGCCUUUCCCCAACCAUCAUCAAACUCCCCUCCUUUCUACCGCCGCCACGGCUAUGCCUACGGUCCGGUCCGAUCCGAUUCCAUAUCAGCCAUAUCGAUGCCCGACUCAUCGCCUCCUGACGCCCAAGCAGCCACCGACACUGCCAGCAGUACCACCCUCGCCGCCUCAGCCCUCCCGCGACACCUUUAUCCAUCCUCAACCUCCUCUUCCUUCAAAGACAAGACCCUCCCCUUAACCCCGCCGUCUGAGUACAGCCGCGAGAGCACGCCAGUAAGGACGCACCUGCACCUCCACCGCAGUCCUGAGCCACCAUCAUCCUCCUCCUUUUGCGGAGAGCGAGACGACAGCAACGGCAGACCGGACACCGAUACGCCACCCCGCAGACUCCACACCCAACACCACCACCAUCACCGGAAUCACACAUUACCAGCAGAAUCAGUGGCAGGUCCAGGAGUAGGUGAAAUCCAACAACUAGAACAACAACGAAGCACAGUCGCAGACGCAGAAAUAUCUUCCAUAGAAAUUAAUUCCGGGGUUUGUACCGGCAGUCUUGCUGAGGCAAGUACCGCACCACGAGGGAAGGAAGAGGAAGAGCAAGAACUUGAAGGAAGCAAAACACCCCUGGCCAGGACAAGAUCAACUCUGUCGCAGGUCGGCGAGCUUAGGAAGCCGCUUCCGGCACUGCCUGAAGAUCCGAGCUGAGCACGGGCGGCACUUUUAUAUGUGUGUAUGUGUAAUCAUGAAUGAAUG